AUGCUUAAGCGGUUGGACAAAAUCCGGUUCCGCGGACAGCGGACAGAUGUGUUUCUGGAUCUGGGCGACUCGCCCAACACAUCUGACACUGAAUGUAGCGAAGAGAUUCUGAUGAAGCCUCGGCCCUCACUUGAAGUUAAAGACACUGAAGAACUGCAAGACCCUGUGAGUGCCCCUGUAAGUGAAUAUCAGUAUUAAUAUAACCACAGAAAUGGCAUCUCUUCAGACUCUUUCACUUCACAAAUUCUCACUGAAACAAAACAGAUAUAGUUGUUUCCUAAUUUAGUUUGGAAUCUUCCAGAUCACUUUAAGUCCAGUCACUCGCCAUGCCAUGGUGCCGCUGCCAGUUUCGGGGGGAUUUUGGCCAAAAUGUCCCCCUUUUGAUACAUGGCGUUCAUGUUUAUUCAACCCCCUUCCUGUUAAUGUAGUUCACUCAAGCGAGGGUGGUGAGAAAGACUUAACAACCGCUGUCUACAUCACUGCAGGCAGAGCUUAGUCAGACUAGACAUGUGCCAAGGCCUACCGCCAACUCAACAUCCCUGAGCACAUUAGAAGAACAACUAUAUUUUUCAUCUUAUUAUUUCAUUUGUCUGCAUAUUCUGGUGCAUUGAUGUUCAUAUUUCUGUGGCGAGAGGUUGAUAAAACUGCUUGAUGUUCUUUGAAGAUAUACUCAGAGGAAAUAUCUGAAUGGAUUUGGUUGAUCUAAUGUUUUCUCCCUUUAAAACAGAUCAAAUUUAUUAUGAGUCAUUUGAUAACAUCAUCCCACACUGGGCCAAAUUGAUUGCGUUCUUUAUGAAGUGUCCAAAAAAGCUCAAAGUUGUUGACAGAUACACAAAGACGUGCAAACUUGGCACUGGUGCAAAUGCUCAGCUAGCUGAUCUGGUUCCUAAAGUCAAGACCCGACUUGCACAUAUCGAGUCUAUAAGAAAAGACAAUUGGAGAUGUUGGACCUUUUAGGAUCUCUGUAUCUCAAACAAACUUUGACACAGAAACCCUAUGUGCAGUGGAAUUAGGGCUUAAACACAGCCCCUGUAAUGUCUAACCACAAACAUGUCUUGGUACUGGGAAACUGGGCUUCAGCCAGUUCAGUACUGUACAGUGACACAUUUGUUUGCGUCUUGGGCUUGUUCUCAUGGAAACAGGAACAAUGUGGUUCUUCUCACUCUGGUUAUCUAUCAUAAUCUUGACACCUCUGUCUUUAUGUUGUUAAUGAUUAUGAACUAAAUAGCUGUUCCAGAUGUAUUUACACCCAUAGCAGGCCUGGCUGUCACUACUUACCACUUUUGAUGCACUAUAGCUCUUUUAUGGGGUACAUCUAAUUAACAUUCAGGUCUAAUUUACACAGAUGGAAUAAAUUGAUGUACAGUUGUCAGCAAGUAGACCUGGUGAAAUGUGUCACUGCUUCUCUGGGUAAAUGGCGCAAAGAGGGACAGUGUUAAUGUACUUCUAUUAUUCUCUUCAUUUUACAAAGCAUACAAGCAGUACUAUUGCAAUCUCAAAGUAGUCUGUCAACAUUCUUCUUGUCAGUCAUUGUUGCUAAGUUGUUGUAGUAUGCUAGGUAACUUCGGAAAGUAUUCAGACCCCUUGACUCUUUCCACAUUUUGUUAGGUUACAGCCUUAUUCUAAAAUUGAUUAAAUUGUUUUUUUUCCCCCUCAUCAAUCUACACACAAUACCCCAUAAUGACAAAGCAAAAACAGUUUUUUAGAAAUGUUAGCUAAUAAAUACAAAAUUAUAAUGAAAUAUGACAUUUACAUAAGUAUUCAGACCCUUUACUCAGUACUUUGUUGAAGCACCUUUGGCAGCAAUUAAGCCUUGAGUCUUCUUGGGUAUGACGCAUCAAGCUUGGCACACCUGUAUUUGGGGAGAUUCUCCCAUUCUUCUCUGCAGAUCCUCUCAAGUUCUGUCAAGUUGGAUGGGGAGCAUUGCUGCACAGCUAUUUUCAGGUGUCUCCAGAGAUGUUCGAUUGGGUUCAAGUCCGGGCUCUGGCUGGGAUUCAAGGACAUUCAGAGACUUGUUCCAAAGUCACUCCUAUGUUAUCUUGGCUGUGUGCUUAGGGUCGUUGUCCUGUUGGAAGGUGAACCUUCGCCCCAGUCUGAGGUCCUGAGCACUCUGGAGCAGAUUUUCAUCAAGGAUCUCUCUGUACUUUGCUCCGUUCAUCUUUGCCUCGAUCCUGACUAGUCUCCCAGUCCCUUCCACUGAAAAACAUCCCCACAGCAUGAUGCUGCCACCACUACCAUUCUUCACCGUAGGGAUGCUGCCAGGUUUCCUCCAGACGUGAUGCUUGGCAUUCAGGCAAAAUAGUUCAAUCUUGGUUUCAUCAGACCAGAGAAUCUUCUUUCUAAUGGUCUGAGAGUCUUUAGGUGCCUUUUGGCAAACUCCAAGCGGGCUGUCAUGUACCUUUUUACUGAGGAGUGGCUUCCAUCUGGCCACUCUACCAUAAAUGCCUAAUUGGUGGAGUGCUGCAGAGAUGGUUGUCCUUCUGGAAGGUUCUCCCAUCUCCACAGAGGAACUUUUGAGCUCUGUCAGAGUGACCAUCGGGUUCUUGGUAACCUCCCUGACCAAGCCCCUUCUCCCCCGAUUGCUCAGUUUGGACGGGCGGCCAGCUCUAGGAAGAGUCUUGGUGGUUCCAAACUUUUUCCAUUUAAGAAUGAUGAAGGCCACAGUGUUCUUGGGGUCUGAAUACUUAUGUAAAUAAGGUAUUUCUGUUUUUUGUUUUUAAUAAAUUGCAAAAAUGUCUAAAAACCUGUUUUCGCUUUGUCAUUAUGGGGUAUUGUGUGAAGAUUGAGGAUUUGUAUUUAUUUAAUCCAUUUUAGUAUAAGGCCGUAACGUAACAAAAUGUGAAAAGUCAACGGGUCUGUAUACUUUCCGAAUGCACUGUAUGCAGGCCUACUGUAGGUGAAGUACAGUAUGAGAGACCUAGCUUUUAAUAAUAUUUUUCAUGAAUAAAUGACACAGUACGUUGUAGUACAGUAGCUAACUAUAAUAUCCUUCAUGUGCAAUGUACUAGCUUUACUCCUCCAGUCAAGGAAGUCACUAAAGAGCACUGAUUUCCCUCCUUCUGACACAAGCUGUCACUCCCCCUGCUGAGAGGAUGUGAAAUGAAAUCAUCUUUCCCUUUCCCAGCUCUGUUAUGUCUGAGUAGUGUAGUACAAGUUGGCACUAGUGGCUAUCUCACUGGCUAUCUUCUCUCUCUCGCGCUCUUUCUCUCACUCACUCAUUCACUCAAUCACUCUCACUCACACUCACACCUACACUCACACUCUCUCUCACACUCUCACUCUCAAUCUUUCCUCUUGCGCACUCUCACCAUCUCAAUCUCCUUUGUUUUUCUCUCUUUACCUCUCUGUUAAAAUCUUUGUUCCUCUCUCUGUGUUUUGGGUCACGAUGCAUAUGAUACUCGGCAUACAGGAUUAUGCUGCCGUAUUUUGAGCCAGGCUGGAUGGUGCAGGGAGAAACUGCUGGGUGAAAUGAAGUCUUCUGCAGACAGCUUGCCUCCAUUUAUGUCUGCUGGUUUGUUUGGGUGUUUCUGUGUUUGCUUUGCAAUAUCAGAAUUCUGAGAGUUUUGAGGUUCUGUGUGCAGGUGUUUUGAACCAGAGCCUGCAGUAGCUCACAUCGGCAGCAAGGUUGUCCUUCCUUCCUCACCCCUGCGUUUUCUUGUGUGUUUUCCCACAUCCAGGCUGGUCCAGGGACACUUCCUAUGGCUGCAGCCAUCCAGGACUACCAGAGGACUGAGACAGAUAGACUCAAUGAGGUGAAAAGCCACCUGGAAAUUGCCUUACUGGAAAAGUACUUCCUACGUGAGUACUGCACUGGAUACUGCAGCAAAAAUGUUCAACCUAGGUGAAAGUUUGUCAAACCUCUAGCAGGAAGGCUUGGAUUUGCAGAAAAGGGAUAAUAUCUUAACACAUUUUGUUGUUUGAUUGCCAAUCUACACAGCAGCUUUGGAUAUCUGUCUUUCCUGUCCAGGUGUCCACCAUCAAUAAUACUGUUCACCUCUGGUUAUUUUCCUGUGUUUGGUCCGGAUUGCGUUCUCACCUGCAGCCAACCGCACCACGGUACAAACAGAAAUGGACCGAGACCACCCUUUUUGAACGAACCACAGUGCGUUGUUUGGUGCAUUCCCGAGUGAGGAUAGAGUGUUCACACCAGUCCAAACUGACAAACUAAGGGGGUAAACGCACUAGAGUUAGAAGAAGAAGAAAAACCCAGUUCCAAACAAAUUUGGUGUGAAAGCCACCUCAGUUGGUGAACUAAUUGGAAUUUGUGUACAUUGAAUUUGUCUCACUUUCGGGACCCUCCUGUCUGCAGAAUUACUGGCUCAUAUAACCCUCUGGCAACGUUAAGUGUUAGCCUCUUAUUAGCCUAGCUAGGUCAGUGACCAUACAUAGUAUCUGUGAGUGAGUGACAAUCACUACUAAAUGGGGACCAUAUGAUUACGUUUGGGCAGCUGUAGUCAACAUACUCUGGCAUGUAUCAAUACAUUUCACACAUUGAGCAGAUGAAAGUACAGAAGAGGUGUGUGUGGCCUUCAUUUCGCAUCAGCCCUUCAUCUGGGAUGCAGGAUGUGUGUGUCAGCAGUAUGUGUCUCAUUGCAGAGCCCAUUGACCUCUGUCAUUGGCCACAGUUAAAAUAACAUCAAAUCACGCAUCUACAGUAGCUUUGAUUGGACUGAUCAUGUCAACAUCAUACUUUCAUAAUCUUAGCUAGCAAGCUAGCAGUCAUCAUCAUGAAACAAGUCGGCAAUCUACUGGCAAAUCCUUUUCAAUCCUUGUCAUAUGAAGAUAAAUAAUUAAGAGAAAUUAUAGAUAAAACGUUUUGGCCAUUGGACAUAAACAUUACACAACAAGUUUGAAAUUGCAAAUUCAACAGUGAGUGGUUUGGAAGGAAUCACUAGCCUGCUAUUCAGUGGAGUGGGUGUGAGGACCAAGUCUGUGUUUAAGGGGCUCUUUUCCAAGCUUAAAAGGAUAAACAUUCAACAUUGGCCAUGCUGUCAAUCCAGCAUGACUUCUGCCACGCUCAAAACAACUGGAAACUCGUAACUGGGAAAUCUCAGACUUCAGUGAGUCCAAGACAACUGGGAACUCGGGAAAAAACGAGCUCCGACUGGGAAAAUACGUGUUGAAAGGUCAUCCAAUUCUGAAUUUCAAGUCAGGAACUCUGGCCUCUUUCUAGAGCUCCGACCUGAGGAUCACUGACGUCAUCAUGAUUCAACCUUUUUCCGAGUUCCCAGUUGUCUUGAAAGCAACGUAAAUCCAGAGAAUGUCAGGCUUUGAUGACAAAGUUUCAUGACAGAAUUUGCCCAUGAAGGACUGCCACGCCACCUUUCUGUUCAAGUGAGCGAAGCAAAACAAGGUGAAUCCAAAAAUGUAUUAUAUGCUGCUGCAUAAAUGAUGUAAUAUGCCAGGGAAAUAUGUAUACUGUAGCUAAGAAAGUAAUCCUAAGUGUAUGUUGUGAAGUAAGCUGUUAGUAGCCCAUGUUCCUCACCCUAAUAAUUGGGUCCCUUUUCCCCUCAUAACUUAGCCUACUGUUCUGACUUAGUGGUACACAUUUAGCCUAUAGUCUGUUUUAGAGAAAUGUAAUCAUCAAAUAUUGUAAGAGCUUUCAUUGUCUGCUUAUAUGCCCCCUUUAUUUAUCCUACGGUUCUGACUUGGUGAACAGGGAGAAUACUGCAAGAAUGGCCCAUGUUCUGUAGCUGUACAUUUCAAAAGUGCUGAACAAAUAGUUAUAUUGAUUACAUCCGUCCUAGCUCGCUCAUUAAUGUCUUAAUCGAAAUUACGGAUUGUCUCUUAUCCGCUCGUUUUCCCCUUAUGCCAUAGUUUUUAUAUCUCAAUUGUCAGUAGAAACCACAUUUGUUUAAGCAAGUCAGCCAUAUCAGCUAUGUUUUUUUUAAAGGCAGUGAAUGAGGCUGAAUGAACUGUUUCACUGCCAGUCAAGGCUCUGCUGAUAGCCAGGUGUAGCAACCAGUGGUAAGGUGUUGGGACUGCUAUUGGGACUCUGCUGUUGGGACAGCUUUAUGUAGGCCCUAACAGUUUGUGGGCACAGUUUGUCACCGUUAUAGUGCAAUUAAUGUAUUGUUUAGAGUAGUGUAGUGGCUUUGCUGGCAAUGUUUAUUUAUUUUAGCCCCACCAAUAUUUACAUGCUAAAAUCGCCACUGGCCGGGAUAAUGUUUAUCAUGAGCAUUCAGGGAGCUGGUAAGUUAUUGAUUAAAUGAUCAGCUUUGUCCUUUAAUUCUGCUUUGAUGAGUCAGUAAGACCUGCAGCUCAGAGACAUGUUCAGGAUUUGGUGCUGUUGUUUUGCACUGUUUUGGCAAACCUUGCCUAUUAAAGUGAUCCAGACUUUAAUUUCAAUUAGUGUGUUUGCAGGUUCAAGAGAUUAGCCCUAUGCUGAUCAGAGAAUGGUUAAACACACACACAUUCACACACACACACUACAGUAAACGCAAUCGCUACCAGGAAUUACCAGUUAUAUUUACACACACCGACUGCAGUCAUGUGUUUAAUACACAUGCACAGCACACACUGCAUUGCUGAUCAAUUGAGGCCAAUCUGCCCCGCGAUCAAUACAUCUGUCUAACAGACAGUCCAUGUUGUGAUAUCAUCAGCCUCUACAACUGCACAGACAAAGGCAUUACCACCCCUUUGAGUUGAAUACAAUUGACAGAUUUAAUAGUGCUGUAAGGUUGACCAUUUCCCCUAAAUAGCUUGGAUUUCACACUCUCAGUCUAUCAUUUCACACAACCUGCAACAGGAAGAGCCUCACAGAGGGACAGGAAUGUGUAUUUCUAUCCCUCCUUGCUCUCUUGAUGUGUAAUUCCUAGAGGCAUCCUGUUUACCACCUGACCACCUGCACUGACUCUUCUGCACCUUAGCGCAACACACACACACACACACACACACACACACACACACAUGACAACUGCCGCUACCAGACUCUUAUUUACUAUUGCUAAUAAUAUUAAAUUGAAACAAUUGCCCCCAAAUCCCCCUUCCCUGAUACAUGUGUAUUGUGCUAUAAAUUGUGCCUUCCUGUAUUAUACUUAUGCUAAAAUGUUUAUUCUAUUCUACUGAGCCAUUUACUUUAUGUUUGUAUUCAUAUCUUUUAUUAUUUCUUACUGUUUUUGCAUUGUCGAGAAGGAACCUGCAAGUAAGCAUUUUUUGGGAUGCUGUAUACCAUGUGUAUCCUGUACAUAUGACUAAUACAACUUGAAACACUUCACAAGAUUCUAAAUAAUCACUGUGCCAGUAAAUCAAAUAUAUGGUUGUUAAUAAUUGAUGUUACAGAAGCAUCUCUCCACUCAGAAGAAAGGCAGCCAUCUAUUGAAGGACCAUUGGGUGUCUCUGGUCUGAUUCACUGGUACAGAGACUGAAGGAUAAGAGGUCACACACAGUUAAUUUCACAGCAGUACUUAUUGGAUCUUCAGAAACAUUCAGUAUGGCCUCUCCCUUGCUCUUGGCAACUAUGAAUCUAUGCUGGCUAGAAACCACAAUGCAUUUUUAUAGUCUCCAAUUCCAACCUCGUCUGUUGACACGCCUGGGCGUGUGUAAGCAGGGCUACACUUUCAACGACAAUAGCGGCAUAGAAUGUUGUAGUUAUGUUAGAUGAGGUGGUAGUAGUAUAAGAUGUAUUUUAAUUGGCGUUAUUUAUGCAUAUGUUCUUGUAAACACUGUUAGUAAAGUAGUCCAGGUUCUGUUGCACUUUUGAUGUAACAGCUUGCCCACAGAGAUAUGGGUAUGUUUCUACGACAGCAAGUGUUUUCAUUGUCUAAUAGGGCCAUAUCUAAAAUAUAUUUAACUUUCACUUGAGCUAAUGGUUGGUAGGUACUAAAGAGGUUGUACCUCCCAGGUUCCCCGUAUUUGCGGGCCAGCUUCUAUCAUUAGAGAUAUCAGGGGAUGUGGGGGUGGUGCCAAAAUGAGGCAGAAGCAGUUUUGGAUUGUUUCCAGUUUACUCUGCUAGUCUCUGGCUCCAGGCCAAAACAAGGGCAAGUCACAUGAGUCCACAUCCUCCUGUUUGACAUUGUGAAAUGCCUGGGAGAGGUUGCAUAGCAAUACCUCAGGAAUCUCCAGGCCAGCCUGAAGACGUCAUUCCACUCGCUGUUUUCCUUGUUGUGAAGCCUGGCACAGGCCCCUCGGGUUUCUCAGGGAAAGUAUUAGUGUGAAGAGAUGCUGCAUGUCCUGGAUGGCAGUAGUCCUUUAUCUCCUUUUUUUUAAAUAGUAGAAUACCUCUCUUUACCCUGGCACUCCUUUCCCUAGCCUGGCAACAUAUCCAUUAGCUAAGUGUUAGCCAGUGAUAAAGAUACAGCACUUCCCUUACCACAGAUGUCCCAUGAGACUGACGCUGAAAUGUUUACUUAAAUAUGAUAAAAGACGAGAGCGACCUCAACAGUGUGUUGGAGACGCUAACAUAAAUUGUUGUCUUGUGUUGGCAGCUAGCCAAAACAAGGCACUGUGGGAAAGAAGAAGCCAGAAAGUCAGAGAGAUAGAAGCUGGCCCUCAAAUACGGGGAAUCUGGGAGGUUCAACUGCUCUCUGUGACUGCCGAUAACUUCAGAACAAAGUAGAUAUAAUACAAAUACAAAGUUACCAAUGUCUUUGCAAUUGAUACAAACCAGCGACGUAUAUAAAAAGAUGCUUCAAAUUAAAACUGAGAUGACUGCAUUAAAAUACAGUAGGCCUAUUUCAAUCAUUGAAAUACAUUUCAUGUUCAAUCAAGUUCUAUUUUGCUACUUGUAGGCUACUGUCUGUAAUUUGUCUCAAUAUAUUUCAUGAUGUGUAGCCUAACGUGUGCAAUGAUUAGCAAAAUCUUGAUUUAGUGCAUUAUUACAGGGUAAGCAAUAGAAUAAGCCGCCUCAAUAUUUGCAGCCUUAGGUGAUAGAUAUAUCUAGGAGCUGAUCCGUCGUCAGUAUUGUGGAAUAAUUAUAAUGUUAAGGUAAGAUUUGAAUGGAGAAAUCUGAUCCGAGAGCAGCGUGGCCUUUCCUGCAAUCCUCCGUAUUGACACGUGCCUCAACGACGCAUUUAGCGAACGUUCUCUCUGGGUGGUGUUUUGGGAAAUGUAUGUGACAUCUUCGGCCGUUUGUAGGAAAGAUGCAUCGUUAAAACACUCUCAGAAGCCUAAAUUCCAUCGCUAUCGGGAAACCGGGCCCUGGACAGUUGAAAUGAACAUAGUUGAUAUCUUGUCUAUCUCCCUCAUAUUGCGUUAGCCUAUCCCAUUCAAAUCAUAUCAAGUCAUUCUUUCUCUUGGGGAUUAAGGAAGGAAAAUGAGGAAGUGUCUUCUUGAGAUCUUUUCUAUAUCUGUUAUUCUGUGUCAUGGGGGGAACAUCCCUUGUGAAAAGAAAUGUUUCUCUCUUUUCUAAGGUCUUAGUUUAAUUACAGUGAUGAAGUAGGUUGAAGUGUUCUCUGACAGAACUCUGUGCUACAUUCAUUUUUAAUUACCUAAAACAAGUGCUAAACGAGACAAGCUUUACGGGUCCUAAUUCAUCUUCCUUUUCCCCUCUCUCUGCUCGGGCAAAUAAAAGCUCAAUGGUUUGGGGACUGUUAAGGUAGUUGUGGGCAAAAAUAUCUGUUCCCAUGGAACAGGGGUAGGCAACCCUGGUCCUGGAGUGCAGCAGAUCAUUAUUUUAGUUCCAACCAGGCACCGCAUCUGAUUCUACCAAUCACCUUAUCAAAUGUGCUAAUUAGGCAAUAUCAGUGACUGGUUAAAGACUUACCAGUUUGUCCAGGUGCCUGUGACAGUGUUUCUCUAGGAGCAGGGUAACUGUGUUAGAAAUAUGUAUUGGCUGAGACAAAUUUAUAGGCUUUUAUUGCUUUUAUUUUUUUCAGAGGAGGAGUUGAGGAAACUUAGAGAAGAAACCAACAUAGACACAUUGAAACAGGAGUUGGAGAAAGAGAGAUCGAAGAGGCUGGACUUGGAACAGAAACUGAACUUGGAAGUUCUCAAAAUGAGGUAA